GUUAGAAGGAGGAUAGUAUAUUGACCUCUCAAAAUGAAGACCCUUCUUUACCGUUUGGAGUGGAAGUACGUUGUUGGAGAGAGAACUGAAAGCAAUCGAGGACCUCCAACACCGUCCGCGUCCAUAUGUCCCUCGAAGAAGAAGAUCCACGGUUCUUCCCAUGGACCUUCUCCUCCUCCUUCUAGGGUCUCCUUGUCUUCUUCCCAACCACCUUGCCCCAGCAACGUCAUAGUUCCUUCGUAUCCAUCCACUGAUCCUUUGAAAGUCACUGAUUAAUAUACACGCAUAUAUGUUGGUGUAGGUAACAUGAUUGCGUGCAACAAUGCGUUGGUUGCCUAGCAUUUCGUUCUCAUCCUCCUCCGGCUCUCAAUCCUCGUCGUCCUCGCUCAAAUCCCGUGGCGGUGAAUCGCCUAGCGGGAGGAUUGAUGACGUCUCCACCGGGUGGAGUUUCCGUCCGGUUAGGAAGCUUACGCGACAGCGGAAGCUCCGUCAUAUGAAUGAACGCAACAUCUCGGGCCCGCCCGAAUCUCCGAGCAACGAUGCCGAUUUCUCGACCCCGCGGUUCUCUUCCACGUCAGCGUCCGCAUCCUCGGCGAAGCCGCAGCCGCUUCCGCUGCCGGAAUUAGGGAUCUUUGGCCGCAAGGAUAGGUUGAGUUCCAGCAACGUGGACUUCCAGCUCCCUUCACCGACGACUGGACCGAGCCGAGGCGUAGAGGAGCGAGAUAGAGGGGGAGCGUUCUCCAACUCUCCAACUAAGAGCGUGUUUGUCAACCAAGAUAGAGACACAAAAAAGACUACAGAUCAUAUUGACAAGAAGUCAUCUAGGAGGGAGUCUCAAAGCCUAAAUGGCUCGAAAAUCUCAAGAAAUGGCUUCAGGAUCGAUGUUCCCAUCAGGAGUGCUCCAACGAGUCCUUUCUCAAGUCCUGCACUCAGCCCACAAAGGCGGAGUGCAGCUGAUGCAUUUCCGUAUUACUAUUACAUGAUUCCUAUGGGGAAUCAAGCCUGGUCUGCUCCCGAGAUGCCUACCUCGGAAAUGAUACCAGGGCUCCCUCCGCCUGCAUUCUUUGAUUACUCUGCAUUUAGUUGUAAUACAUCUCCCCAUCACAGUCCCGCAAGAAAUCACCUACAAAACCCGAAAAGCCCAAGUGGACCUGCAUCUCCAUUGCAUUCAAAAUUAUCCCACGACACCUCAAUAGCACGCUUUGAAAGUGACUGUCCUGUAAAUGUCCACCCAUUACCUCUUCCUCCAGGUGCAACCAUGCCUUCACCCUCAGCUCCCAUUCCCCAGGCUAUAGCUAAAUCAGAGUUUGUGCCAAUGAAAAGUCAAUGGAAAAAAGGAAAGCUUAUUGGGCGCGGUACAUUUGGAAGUGUUUAUGUUGCCACCAAUCGGCUAACUGGAGCUUUAUGUGCAAUGAAGGAAGUUGAAUUACUUCCUGAUGACCCAAAAGCUGCAGAGUGUAUCAAGCAAUUGCAGCAGGAAAUCAAGGUUCUCAGCCAACUGAAGCAUCUAAAUAUUGUGCAGUAUUAUGGCAGUGACAUGGUUGAUGACCAGUUUUAUAUAUAUCUGGAGUAUGUUCAUCCUGGUUCCAUCAACAAAUAUGUUCGUGAACAUUGUGGAGCCAUGACAGAAUCUGUCGUUCGCAAUUUUACUCGCCAUAUUCUCAAUGGUUUGGCUUACUUGCAUAGCACAAAAACAAUUCAUAGGGACAUCAAAGGGGCUAAUUUGCUUGUUGAUUCCUUUGGAGUUGUCAAGCUUGCUGAUUUUGGUAUGGCUAAACAUCUUACUGGACAAGCAGCUGAUCUUUCUCUAAAGGGGAGUCCAUACUGGAUGGCUCCAGAGCUCAUGCAAGGUGUGAUGCAGAGAGAUUCCAGCUCCGUUCUGGCUCUUGCUGUAGAUAUUUGGAGUUUGGGUUGUACAAUUAUUGAAAUGCUCACUGGAAAACCUCCUUGGAGUGAGUUUGAAGGGGCUGCAGCCAUGUUCAAGAUUUUGAGGGAUCCCCCUACCGUACCAGAAACAUUGUCAUCUGAGGGCAAGGAUUUUCUUCGGUGCUGCUUUCAAAGAAAUCCUGCAGAUAGACCGUCUGCUGCCAUGUUACUGGAACAUCAGUUUGUGAAGAACUCGCAGCAGCUGGAUGUCUCAUAUUGCAACACGGCAUUUAAUGGAAAGAACUUUAUGGAUAAACUCCAUAGUCCAAGAGAGCGAUGUGAAGAUAAAUUCAGUCAGUUGCCAAGGUUCCCCAGCACACACAUUGCAAAAGACAAAUUGGCUUCCUAGAGCUUUAUGUACUGUUCUUUUCCUCGAGUGAUACUGGCAAACAAUCUCAUCACCGAACUUUUGACUUACCAGUGGCAUACCAUUAUUCUGUACACUCUAAUCUUGAGGCUCCACCACACAGAUGAUCCCAGUUUGCAAACAGCAGUGUUAAUUGUGUUACCAAAAGAGUAGUAAAUUCAGAUAAGCUGCAGAAAGAUAAGAAUUUAAUGCAGCCUUUUCCUGCCAUGAUCUCUACUAUUUCAGGGGCUCCAGAAUUGUAUCAUAGACUUGAUGAAUACUCUGGUGGGGGACUCGUAGCCAUAGUGUUGAGAUAAUAGGUUAUUUGAUCUGAAUUCUCUUGAAGUUAUAAAAGCUUCUUCCUCUUGGAAGUUUAUCUUGCACGAGAAUUUAGAAGCAGUUUUUGUAUACUAAUAUCUGAUUUAGAGCUUCAGAAAUUAAGUCAGUUUAUCAUCACCCUCUUAAGGUAAAUAACAUAACCUCCUCUAUGUACAAUUAAGUCGAAAGAGGAAUAAUGGUACAGAUAUUAGAAGUGGAAAUUAUUGAACAGGGGAUUUGAUGUCAGCUGUUUUAUAUUUAUUAGCUUUCAGCUGUUGAUAUUGAUUUUUUGGGUCCUGGUCAAUAUUUUGUACUAUAUGUGUAAAUCUUUAUAUGUCCAAAUUGUCCAUCUUUGGUCCAUCUUGUGGUCUGUUUUGAUGGAGGAAUCGUGGUAAUUUGGUAAAGAAAAAGUUAUUCUUCUAGGCCA